GCAGUUUGAUGUGAGCUCAGGUAACCAGUUAGUGGAAUGCCAGGAGUGCCACAGUCUCUACCAUCAGGAAUGUCACAAGCCUCCAGUAACCGAGGAAGAUGUCAGUGACCCCAGGUUUGUCUGGUACUGCUCACGAUGCAGUAGGAGCCUGAAGAAAAUGGUGACCCAGAAACCAGCAAAGCCCAAACCACCCACACCAACAAUCAGUUCAGUCAAAGAGCCGUCUGCUGCCCCAAUCAAGUCUACUAAGUUGGAUACAAACUCUAAAAAUGUCAGCCAGGCUUUCAGGAGAAUUGAUCCAAAAAGCAUAGUGACGCCAACUGACGCAGCAACCCUCACUAGCGCAGCCGUCAAGCCAAUGGUGGGACUGGCAGGGUUGGCAGCUAAUUUACAUAAAUCAAAAGGAGAAUCAAAGAUUGGUACCACCUCCCGCAAGACAGAUCAGAAAGGAGAUGCGGUGAAAGCUUCAUCUAAACCUGAGGCCAAGUCAUGCAGUGGCAGUGGUGGUUAUAAAUCUGAUAGUUCUUCAAAGUCUGGCAGCAGCAGCAGUAAUAAAUCUGACAUUCCGUCAAAGCCGAAAGUGGAAGAAAAGAAACAGAGUGGCAAAGCUGAUGACAAGAAAAGUAAUGAUACAGCUUUGAAGUCAUCGCCAACAACAGAGAAAGAGGAGAGGAAGCCAGAAAGUCUUCCAAAAUCUGAAAAAACAUUAGAAUCUGGGAAAUCUCCAGCAAAUUAUGAGCAGAAUAAGCCAGAUGUCAGUCCUCCGAAGAGUUCCCCACCCCAUGUUAGCACACCAACGACACCAACUUCACCAGACUGCCCUUCACCAUCUAAAUCUAGCAGCAGUACAAGCAACAAGCAAGCAGUGGCAAAUUUGUCGUUGGUGACGGCCAAUAAGAGGAUACAGAUGAUGAAGAAGAAGGCACAGGCAAAACCAGGAACUGAGAAGAAGCUGCACAUAAAAUAA